AUGAGUUAUCAAUACUAUGACCGAGGCAUGCCUCAUGGCGGUCAGGAGUACGACAUGCGACCGCCUCCUGGUCGAAGACCGCCGCCGCCUGGGAAUUUUUAUCCUCCGUCAGACCGACAGCGUGGGCCUCCGCCAAUGAGGCCGCCUCACCCUAAUGCUGGUCCUCCGCCAGGGAUGAGGAAACCGGUGCGACCGCCUCCCCCACGAGACUAUGCACCACCGCAGAACUACGCACCACCGCCGCGAGAUUACGCACGAGAUUACGCACCAUCACCAGAACUCGAGUCGGCGGACAGUCUUUACGACGGCACCGCCUACGGUGGAGCAGACCCAGGUGCGAGCCCCAGAGGUAGUCCGAGGAGAGCACCUCAACCGCCUCCAGUCCCAUCCAACAGCAGCCCUCGAAGACCACCUCAACGGCCUGCAAGACCUGAUUAUCCGGAGCAAGUACUUGACCCGCCUCGACCUGCUGCGAGAAUAGCGCCUGCGAAUCAAGCGUACCAUCAACCACCUCCGCAACCACUGUCAUACCACGGAACUGGCCAAUGGACAGGCGACGGUUACCGAUCACCUCAACAGCCGUUACCUGCACCCCCACAGCAGCCUCGAUGCCCUCCACCGCCUCAGCCAUCUUCUAUUCCGGACUAUCAGAUGCCGCAGGCAUUGCAACAGACUAUCUACGGCCAACGGAAUCAGCGACCACCUCUCGGACCUCCGCCGUCGUCGAGAAAAGGUCCUGCGUCUUACUACCCUCAAAUCGCGCAAGUGCAUCCGAUUGUCGAGGAGACAGAUAGCAUGCGCGGCAGCAUUAGGAAUGCGAGCGCGGCUUUUGAUCCCGCGCAUUCGUCGUACGGAAGCUUAACUGCGAUACCCAUUGGCAUACCUGGAUACUAUGUCGAAGACCGAGGAAGCGCGCGCAGUUUGCCGUUCGAGCAGCAUGGCAGACCUUCUGUCGAGCAUGGACGACCUUCGGUAGAUCAUGGCCGACCUUCUAUGGAGCAUAUGCGUCCGUCAAUGGACCAGGGCUACGACGACUCGCACAUCGAGCCGAUACGGGAGACUUCUUCCGAUGGUCGGUACAUGUACGAUGGCGUCGAGUCUCCCAGCCCCGAGCCUGCGCAGUUCAUCCGACAAGCAAGCUUGGGGAAGAAGAGCAAGCCGACUUUGACUCACGUGAAGAGCAGUGAAAGGGUGAGGAAAGAGAAUGCUGCUCCAAAUGCACAGCGUCCCGCCCGCCCGACAACAACACAGACAAGCUCUUCUGGCGUUCUGGAGAAAGAGACCUACCACCGACGUUCUUCCGUCUCGAGUAUCAGCAGCGAUGAAGAAGACAACGACAAAGCUGUCGAGGCAGGAGCUAUGGCAGUGCCAGCAGUCCCUGCCCUCGCGGUACCCUCCAAGACCAAGAACCAACCCACCCGCCAAUGGUCAGCCGAAAGCGACGUCCUCAGCUCAGGCACCGGCCUCAUCGGCCCUUCGUCCUCAGAGUCCGACUCCGAGCAAGCUAUCAAAAAGAAGCGCUCUCAGGAACUCCUCACCGCCGUCCUACCCCAAGCCCAACUCAACCGCUCCCAGCCCCGCUCCCCCCUCGCCCCUCCCAGCCCCACCGCCGACCCAAUACGAAAGAGCGUCUCCCCCGCCCCCACAGAACCCGACUACCUCAGCCGGCACUCCGCCUCCAACCGCCUGGACAAGAGACGUCCACCUCGCCUCGACGUCGACGCCGUCCGCGACGCCGAGGCCCGUGGGUCUCUUACCUCGCUACCAGACCUCAUCCGCCGCGCGACGAAAGUUGCCGGCAACCUCGACCGCGGCCGCACGGCGAGUCGGCUGGGGAUGAACUUCUUCGUCGACGGGGCCGAAGGCGAUAACCGCCGGUCACGGGCGUCGGAUAAUCGAAAGUCAGGGGAUAUUAGCGAUAUCCUCGCAUCCUUCCCGCCUCCUUCUGGACGAUUCGGCUCACCGCCUGGGAGUCGCGGAGGCGUGAGUCUGAGCCGCUGGAGCAGCAAUCUCAGGCACUCUCACCUCCCCUCCGAUAGCGACGCGGGGGAGGCUGCGCGGCGGAGGAAGAAGGGGAGGAGGUGUUGCGGGAUGCCGAUGUGGUUGUUUGUUCUGCUGCUGAUCUUGCUGUUGUUGCUGGUGGCGGCGGCGGUGUUGGUGCCGAUUUUGCUGCUGAUCGUGUUGCCUGGGGACAGUGAUGAUACGACUGGCAAUGGUGCUGCGCCUGGAAGUAUCACGGCUGCGCACGCCGCUGAAGCAGUCAAGAGCUGUGCCGCUGAACUCACCUGCGCCAACAACGGCGCCACUAUCCUCAGCGAGGAUGGUUUCUGCCAAUGCGUCUGCACAGACGGUUUCACCGGACAAACCUGCAAGACGAAGGCACAGCAAGGCUGUACCACCAUCUCCGUCUCCUCGACCGACGACGCAACCAUCGGCACCGCCCUACCCGCCUUCCUCGAGAACAGCGAGAAGGACUUUGGGAUAACGCUUGAUGCGGAGACGUUGCUGGGACUAUUUUCGAGCGCGGAUAUGCGGUGUCAGGAUGAGAAUCAACUUGUCUCGUUCACCACUGCCAAUAACGAACAGCAGCGCCAAUCUAAGAGAAGCUCGUCAUCCGCCGCUUCUUCCAGCAGCAGCGCCUCAUCGUCCUCGAACUCGGACCCAACCCUCGAGUUCGCGGGAGCAGCGGUGUUGUACAUUUUCCAGGACUCCGCUGAGCCCGCUAUGGCUGUGACGGCGCACCAGCGGCUUCAGGCGUACUUCCAGAACGGCAAGGCUUCGGCAGCUGGUGAGGUGGAUUUGGGGAAUGGUUACUCCGCUGACAUGGGGAAUGGGCGAUUGAGGCCGGCUAACGGCAAGGCAGUGGGGGAUGCUUAA